AAAGUACAAGAAACUAAGCAUGUCUCGCAUAUAGAGAUUGGCAACAUCAGUAGAUUCAGUACAUUAGCCAGAAAAGCGUAUUUAAAAACAACCAAGCUGAACCGGAGAGUUUACUUUACAAAACCGAACCGACAGUAUCGUCGAAAAACUCAACCGGAACGAAAAAGAAGUUUGUAUUUGCAGGGAAAAAACCGAGAGAUCAUUUAUUCAUCGGUAGGUGACGGCCUCACGGUUGACUGAUUGACUUUUCUAGUGGGAAAAAAAAAGUCGUCUGUUUAAACUUUCAAAGAGAUGUCGAAACAUCUACGGCCUCCUCCUACUGCUUUUCGAGUCUUCGGAGAAGCUGUGUUUAAGAGUUGGGAACAUUGAUUUUCCCACAAUUCUUCCCUUUUUGACGUUUGUUUUUCGCUCUCCCUCUCCCUCUGAUAGAAAUCAAUCGAGUAGAGAGUGAGAGACGACCUAGCUAGUGGACUUCAGUUUUUUCUUCUUUGAACAAAAUAUUGCAGAUUGAACAGAGGAAGAUACUAUACAUGUAUCAUCAGAGGAGUAAAUUUGUGAGGUUUGAUACUGGGAGUAUGGGGAGAUCUUCAACCAUGCUACUUGUAGUAAAUGGGAAUUUCAAGAGUGUUAGAAGACGCUUAAAGAAGGUUUAUGGGAACAUGAAAACACUUGAAAACUGGAGGAAGACCAUCCUGUUAGUUUGUGUGGCUGCUUUGGCUAUUGACCCUUUGUUUCUCUUUAUCCCCGUGAUUAGUUCUCAUAGAUCUUGCUUCACUUUUGACAAGAAUCUUGGAGUAGCAGUUUGUGUCCUUCGUACCUUCAUUGACACAUUCUAUGUGUUUCACAUUAUUUUUCAAUUUAUAACCGACCUCCUUGCUCCUCGUCCUCUAAUAUCUUUAAGAGGUGAGUUAACUGUGCAAUCUAAGGCCGUAAGGAAAAAUCGCCUUCUCUUUCACUUCAUUAUUGACAUUUUAUCAGUUCUCCCAAUUCCUCAGGUAGUAAUUAUCGCUCUCAUUCAACGAUCAGCCUCGCUGGUGUCAAAGAAAAUACUAAAAUGGAUCAUAGUUUGUCAAUAUCUACCGAGAAUCAUUCGCAUCUAUCCACUUUUCAAAGAAGUAACAAGAGCCUCUGGUACCGUUGUAGAAACAAAAUGGAUUGGGGCUGCUUUAAACUUUUUCCUCUACAUGCUCAACAGUUAUGUGUUUGGGGCUUUCUGGUACGUGAAUGCAAUAGAAAAGAAAAUAGAAUGUUGGAGUGAAGCUUGUGCUACGACCUCCGGAUGCGAUCUCACGAGUCUGUUUUGUGCUCGAGGAGGUGGCAGAGACAAUAGCCGUUUUCUCAACACUUCAUGCCCAUUAAUCGAGCCUGACCAAAUCACAAACUCCACGGUCUUCAACUUUGGUAUGUACAUUGAUGCAUUGAAGUCUGGGGUGGUAGAUGUAGAGCCAGGAGAUUUUCCGAGGAAGUUCUUCUACUGCUUUUGGUGGGGUCUACGAAAUAUUAGUGCUUUGGGCCAAAACCUUGAGACAAGCAACUUUGUCGGGGAGAUCUUCUUUGCUAUCAUCAUAUGCGUCUCUGGAUUACUCUUGUUUGCUGUGCUCAUUGGAAACGUUCAGAAGUACUUGCAAUCAACUACGAUUAGAGUAGAUGAAAUGGAGGAGAAAAAGAGAGACACUGAAAAAUGGAUGUCCUAUCGGGUGCUACCAGACUAUCUGAAGGAACGCAUUAGGAGAUAUGAGGAUUACAAAUGGCGAGAAACCAGAGGCAUAGAAGAGGAAGCUCAACUUCGUAGCCUUCCAAAAGACCUCAGACUCGAAACCAAACGUCAUCUUUACCUGAAACUGUUGAACCGUGUUUCUUGGCUCAACAUGAUGGAUGAUGGAUGGCUACUAGAAGCAUUGUGCGAUCGGGUUAAGUCUGUGUUUUACUCGGCCAACAGCUACAUAGUGAAAGAGGGUGAUCCGGUGGAUGAAAUGCUUAUUGUAACAAAAGGAGUACUGAAAAGUACAACCGGAUCUCGUGUAAUAGACGACAACUACAACUGUUCUUCCCUCGGAGCAGGUGACAUAUGUGGAGAACUUCUAUUUUGGAUACUUGACCCACAUCCUUCGUCCAGCCUUCCCACCUCAGACAGAACCGUAAUGACUCAUACUGAUGUUGAAGGCUUCAUUCUUUUGCCUGAUGAUGUCAAGUUUGUAGCUUCUCAUAUCAGUCGCUUUCAAAGCAUGAAAUUCAAACACAUGCUCAGGUACUACUCAAUGCAAUGGCGAACAUGGGCAACAUGCUUCAUACAAGCAGCAUGGAGGGAACAUUGUAAAAGGAAGCUUUGUAAGCUCUUACCCUCUGAAAAUAAAAAUCUGCGAACUCCACAACUCAGCCUUGGAGCAACUCUCUAUGUGUCGCGAUUUGUGUCCAAAACUUUACAAAAUCGAUGGGAAAAUACAACAGAUUUUUCCAGCUCUCCGGUACCUCACAAACCAGCGGAUCCUGAGUUUCCCAAGGAUGAAGCAUAGUAUGUUUUUGAAAGGAAAUUGACUCUCACUACAUAGAGAAGGACGUGAAAAACUGCAUUAUUAUAAACAAAAUAUCAUAUAUUUUUUCAAGUUCAUUGAAUAAUUAAUUAAAAGUAGGGGAUUUGCAAAAAUAACUCUUAGACUCCAGUAUUGAUUUCCAUUCUUUCGAUACACUUUUGAAUCUGCACAGAGAUUUCAGGGGAAGCCUCAGGAGUAAGUCUUCAAGUACAUCGGCACUGAUAUACAUCGAAAUAUCGAAUUAGGGUUUUCUUCUUCCAUUUAGUUUGUUCUUUCUUGUCCA